GCUGUGACGUCAAGGUCAGCGCGCAGCGCGCGCGGCGGUCGGCGUCCUGUGGCCCCGCGGCCAUGCCCAAGCGGGGCUACCCCUUCGCGGACGCCGCCCCGCUGCAGCUCAAAGUCCGAGUGGGCCAGAAGGAGCUGAGCCGCGGUGUGUGCGCCGAGCGCUACUCUCAGGAGAUCUUCGAGAAGACCAAGCAACUCCUUUUCCACGGGGCCCAGGCCUGCAGGAACUAUGUGUGGGGUGAAGGCUGUGCCAUCGUCCACCUGCCAGAGUCCCCAAAGCCCGGCCCUACAGGUGCAGCUCGAGCUGUGAGGGGGCAGAUGCUGAUUGGAUCCGAUGGCCGACUGAUCAGGAGCCGUUCCCAGGCCCCUGAAGCUGACCCGUCUGGGGCUACAGCCAUCGCCUGUUCCUCAUGUGUGCGAGCUGCUGAUGGGAAGGUUGUCUGCGGCCAGUGUGAGCGGGCCCUGUGUGGGCAGUGUGUGCGUACCUGCUGGGGCUGUGGUGCAGUGGCCUGUGCCCUCUGUGGCCUUAUAGACUUGGUGUCUUGGUCUUCUCAGCUCCAGCACUUCCUUACAGACCUGCUUCCUGCAUUGUUUCCUGUGAAUGACUCGCUCCCCUUAAAAGUCUUCGGAGAGAUCGCUGUUUGAUGUGCUUCCAAUGUGAGCCACUGUGUUUUGUGAUUCCGAUGGGAUGUCGGCCGGGUUCUGGGGAGAGCACGUCCUGUGUGAAACCCUGCUGGACCACCACGAGCUUCUCAGCCUGCAUCAGCUCCAGCUGGUGCUGGGUGGUAGCUUAGGCAGCAGACACUUACCCUCAUGUUCCAGAGGCUGAAAGUCCAAGAUCAGGGUGCCUGCAGGGCGGGCUUCUUCUGAGACUGUCAAGGAGAAUCCAUUCCACACCCCUUCCAGCAUCUGGUGGCUGCGGCUGUGCUUGAAUUUCAUUGUGGAUGGCCUCUUCUCCAUGUGCCUUGAUGUCUUCCUCUCCUGUGUGUCUUUCUCCUCAUAUGACAUUCUCUUA